CGUGCGGAUCCCAGCAGCUGCGGUUCUUGUUUCCCGCCGGGACUGCAGAGCGAAGGACUGGCUCCCGGCAGGCUCUGCGGCGUGUUUCCGCGCGGCUGUGGUUCUUCACCGGGGAUAUGGGGAAAGUGAGGGAGCUGCGAACUCGGGUGCAUUCGUCGGCCGUGAGGCCCAGCGAGGAGGCAGCGCUUGGCCCCGCGCCCUCGCCCCAGGGGCCGUCCCCGCCACACCUUUCGAGCGGCGGAGCCAGGGGAAAGGAUGGGGCGUCCGUGGGCACUAACAUCUUUGCCGGGACCAAGAUAGACCUCAGUGCCUUGGAGCAGAAGCUGGACCUGGUCACAAGGACCCUCGCUUCCUUCAAGAGAGGUGCAGAGACAAAGAGUCUUUUGCCCAAGAAGGAAAAGCUGAAGCUGAGACAUGAGAGGUGGCUACAGAAGAUAGAAGCCAUCAAGCUGGCUGAGCGGAAGCGCUUGGAGGCACAGCGGCGGAGGGCCACGGAGGUGGUGGGGGACCUGCGCCCGCUGAUGGAGGCCCUGCCCGAGCUGGCGGAGCUGGAGAACGGUGGCAAGUCACGGCAGCUGAGAAGCAGGGUGACCAGCAAGCCCAGGCCCACUGAGCUCAGCCGGAUGAACGCUGCACAGAGGCUUCAGCUCCUUGAGGAAGAAAGGGCCCGGUUCCAGGCGCUCCUAGCCAACCCGACCUACCAGGCCAGCCCCCUGCAGGCCAUUGGGCAGCAGCUGGCCCACCAGAUGCGACUGGAAGGCUGCGGCCGGCUCUGACAGCACGGAGCGCCUCGGACACGGUGCUCCAAGGAGCCCAUUCCAGCGGUUGGCGUCCUGCAGCUGGGGACCCCCCGGCCUGCUCUGGUUCUCUUGCCGGGACAUUAGGGAGGACCAUGGUGGAUGUGUGGGCUGGGGAAUAAAGUGCUUCUGGCCGGCGUGUGGAUGGCUCCUUACUGUGCCCCCCAGGGAAAGCCCUACAGCUUCCUGGUCAUCACAGGGGUCCCCCAUCACGCUUGCUCCCUUGUCCCCCACCCUACACUCUCACCCCUCACCGUCUGGACCGUGGGGAUGGCACCCUCCACCCAGGCCUCUGACUCCUGCCGACACCAGGGCCUCGUCUUGGGAUCUGCCGCAGAAGAGCGAUGGCAGCUGCGUGUGGGCGGCAGACCAGGAAGAACGUGUGGAGUGACUUGAAGUCUGGGGGCCCACACUGGGGGGCCGAUAGUCUGAGGCAGACCUCAGACUGUCCAGGAUGUCGCCUGACAAGCCACCUGCCUGUGGGGGACACCCCAGCACCCUUCAAAGAGCAGAGCACCAGGAAGAGCUGACGUCCAGCUGUUGGCCGCUGUGCAGACGGUGGCGACCCGGGGGCCGCGGUGCCGCUGUGGGAGCGGGUCCCAGCAUGUGCUCAUUCUUCGUGUCACUCAGUGCCCACCCCCGCCAGGCCGGGGACCGCCUACUCCCAUUCUGCCCAAAAUGAGCAAGCUCCGAGUGUCCUCUACCGGGGGCUCAGGACCGGGGCGGUCACAGGGUGCUCUGUUCUGCGCACGCGUUCCCAGUCUCGGCAGCGCAGACGUGGGUGGUGGUUGUCGUCGAGUGGACUCUGAUUCCUGGUAAUAAAGAAG